AUGCUCUGUGUAGUGUAUUUCUAUUCUUGUGAUGCUUCUAGUGCGGCUGCCUUAGCAGAGUGCAACUGCAGACCUCCCUAAGGAAGAGUAGGCUCAAAUCCCCCUGGGCGUGGGUGUGGAGCGCUUUGGCUUCCACACCCGCUUGUAGAAUUGGGUCUGGUAUGCCUGGGCACAUGUCACUGGAAUGAAAAGGAGGCUGUAUAAACAGUUUUGUUUCUCUCUCUGUUGCCUUUCAGAAGUGCACUUGGACCCUCAGAGAACGUGGUGCCCCACGGCCGACUGCCAAACAGUGUGCCACAUUGCGCCAAGCGAGCCCAGAGCACCGGUGCCAGUGGAGUGCCCGGCUUGCCACCUGACGUUCUGCUCCUCCUGCAAGGAGGCCUGGCACCUGCAGCACCUGUGCCGGGAAAACCAACCUACUCCAGUCCCAACCGAGCAGGGAUCCCUUAUUGGAACAGAGACAGAGGCACCAAUUAAGCAGUGCCCAGUUUGUCGGAUCUAUAUUGAGCGAAACGAGGGCUGUGCUCAGAUGAUGUGCAAGAACUGCAAGCACACGUUUUGCUGGUACUGUCUACAGAACUUGGAUAAUGAUAUCUUCUUACGCCAUUACGACAGAGGCCCUUGCAGAAACAAGCUUGGCCACUCGCGGGCUUCAGUGAUGUGGAACAGAACUCAGGUUGUGGGGAUCCUCGUUGGACUCGGUAUCAUAGCACUGGUGACCUCUCCCUUGCUGCUGGUGGCAUCUCCAUGCAUCAUCUGCUGCAUUUGCAAAUCUUGCCGGAGCAAGAAGAAAAACCACAGCCCACCAACAACCUAAAACUGUGUGUCUGUUUGAGUCUCCACCUGUACAGCAUAUGUAUGUGAGAAAGCACAUUGGUUGUAUUUUGGUGCCACACCUACCAAAUAAUGCUCCUUUUUUCCUGCCAA